UCACCCAUCCCUCCCCCCUUUUCGUGGCGCCUCCUGUUUAUCGUCCAGCUAAAAGAUGGCGUUAGCGGCUAGCUAAAACGAUUAUUCUUCGUUUGAUUGAAUUAAUUAUGUCGGUGGGAAUAAUUAGUCAUUGCAAAUACUUUAUUAUUCUUGAGAUGGGACUUAAAAACAUAGAUUAUAGCACUUGUGUUCGCACAAUAACGCACCGUGAUUGUUUGUUGGGCCUUCUCGCAUACAGAGGCCUGUUUUUUUAGGGAGUGGACGAGAGGUUGACAAACUUCAACUCCCAGCAACAUUGCUGAGAAGUUAGGUCAAAGGUCCCCCUGUCAUCAUCCAUGUCAUCACUUUCUGUCUGAAGUGACUUGUUAGUGAGGAUAAGCAGAAGAGCAGGUGGGUUGGAGACAAUUAGUGGCAUCAUGGCGUCAAAGCCAGUGCCAGGGAUCCAGAAACAUGGGACAUGGGCAGGCAACCCCAGAGAAGUGUCCUCAGCCUCCCCAGAGACCUCUCUGACCUGGUGCCUGUCACAGCUCUCUAAACCUGGGAGAGCAGCAGCCGAGGACCACAAGCCAGGCACUGCAGGGCCGGACACCAGUGGACACAGACAGCUGGACAAGAGGGUCAAAGCUGGGCAGUGGCGAGCACUGGUGGCCAUCCGCACACAGCACAUUAAAGGAGGAAGCAGUGGGAUAGCUCGAUUCCGAGGCCAGGGUGGACUGCGCACUCUCCUGGACCUGCUAAAGCACCCUGAGUGUUCCAGGAAGACUCUGGACCUGGCUCUCAGCAUCCUGGCUAACUGCUGCACUGAGAGACAGACACGAGUUGAGGUUAGGAAGCUUGAUGGAAUAUCUAUUGUGGUGGGUAUUUUGAAGAAGAAUGUAGCCAUGGAGACGAUCCAGAACAGAGCAGCCCGGGCCUUGGGGAACUUGGCCAUGGACCCAGAGAGUUCCACACUUAUCCACUCUGCCGGUGGUGUUCCACUCCUGCUCCUCUGCGUCUCUCUUGCAUCUGCCCCAUCCCCUCCCUCUGAUGACCCACUGGAAGCCCCUUCCUCUAAACUAGAGUGUGCUCAGUCGGCUGCCCGUGCCCUCCUCUACCUUGCAGACACCCCCCCAAACCGCCUUUUACUGCUCACCCAGGGUACUCUGACUGCUCUCGCCCCGCUCAUUGCUCCAGAGUACCCUCUGGGGCUGAGGAGAGCAUCACUCCGGACCCUCCAUGAGCUCACCAGGGGCUGUGGUGUAGAGUGUGCUAGAGAGGUGUCCCGAUCUGGGGUUCUAGCUCAGCUAGGUGUCAUGGCUUCGGGAGAGGCCGCUAAACCUUUUGAGGAGCUUGCGUUGAAAACCCUGGCCAACAUGUGCACUCAAGGCUGCUUACGUCCUCUGGUGGGUUCCCUGGGGGUAAUCCAGAAGUUUACGGAGGAGGUCAAGAAGGACGGCCUGAAGUCUGGAGUGUUCCUCAAGGCUCUCUGCUUAUGCUGCAAAGAGGCAGUGAACCGGGCCAAAGUGAAGGAGAGCGGCGGUCUGGAGGUGUUAAUUGGCUUCCUUGGUGUCCAUCGGAGCCACCCCCUCGACCGGUUGGUCAUUCUGGCCUGUGUUGACUUUGUCUAUGACGAAGAUGCCCUGGAACAGUUACAAGAAUUGGGAAUAGUCCCCCUGCUAGUUGCUCGGUUAGUGGAGCUGGCUAAAGGUGAGGAGCCAUCUGCUGGGAAGAUGGAUGUGAGCCUCACCUCUACCAUGUUCGCUUCAGAGCUGCUGUCUACGUCAUGUUUCGACUCAUUUGACUUCCCUCCCCCAGAGGGGAACAGGAAAGAGGAGAUGGGGAAGGAGCAUGUCCUUGGGUCAUCCAGCUUUCUUAGCCUGAGGUCCUGGUUGGUGUCUGAAGGAUUGAUCUCCUCUGAGGGGGAUCUUCUUGAAUCUCCUGGAGGCACGGAGGGAGAUUGGGGGAGUCUUCAUAUCCCCUCUUCUUCUCCCCAAACCUCUUCCCCUCUGCCCUCCUCUACCUCCACCCCCCAAGCCCAGCCCGGCUCCUCUACCUCCACCCCCAAGCCCAGCCCGGCUCCUCUAUCUCCACCCCCAAGCCCACCUGGCUCCUCUACCUCUGCUCUCCAUUCCUCAACUAUCCCACCCCUCACUUCCGUCUCCCCAUCCAAGUUCUCCUCCCCUCCACGGAAAAGGCCACGUGUCCUCUCGACCACCCGCUCCAGUGUGGUGCCCCUCGACACCCCUCCCACAGUGUCCCGACCCCAGGCCUACCACCACCCCUACCACCCUGAGCCUUGGGCCCCAGAGUCUCCCAUCCUGCUGCUGCUCUCACGCUUCUCUCAUGCCACGGACCCCAGCGCUGCUCUGGUCAACUCGGGCAUCAUCUCUGGCCUACUGUUCUACCUCAGCCAGCAUCAGGACCCCAGCGGCAGGUGCUUCCGCAUGCUGUGCCGGCUGAGCUGCAACCCCAACUGUCUGCAGGCUCUGGUCAGGACUGGCUCAGUGGCUCUGAUCCGCCAUCACCUGGUCCAGAGAGGGAGUGACCCUGAGAGUUGGGGAGCUGGAGAGAGGCAGACUGAUAGGGUCAAGGCCAAAGUGAAACAGCUUGGUCUUGCUCUGCUUAGUAAUCUACGUGUUCAGUGUGAGUCUGGAUUUGGUUCUGGAGUCCUGAGCCAUGUGAUUCUGUCAGGCUCAGAGUCAGACAAGCUGAACUGUGCUCUGUCUCUACCACUAGUAAAUGGUAACAAGGUUCUCUUGAAGAAACUUCUUCUAGACAACGGUGGUCUACUCUUGGCUCUGGAGCCCCUUGGAUGUAAUGAGGACGAGGAAGAGGAAGACCAUCACACCAGUGAAUGCCGACGACUCCUCUCAGAUUGUCUCAACUCACCGCAACAUGUCUCCGCCCCCCAGCUCCACUCUCUAUAUUUCUCCCUGCUGAUUGGAUGCCUCUCUAGUCUGAUGGGUUGCCCCAAAACAGUACUGGCUAAAAGAAGGUGCAGGGUACUCAGUCCUAUCAAACCCCUGUCAGUCUCACAAACCGGUAAAGCUUCACCCCCUCCCUUAAAAAAACCUCGUCUGGUCAAUAUCUGUGCUUACAAUGACUCAACCUUUGACCUCCUCUUCCUGCUGGACGAUGGGAGCCAGGUGUCAGCCAAUAGGGAAGUAGUGGCUGGGGCCGAGGGAACCGAGGUGGUGGGGUCCGAGUACUUCAGGGCCCUGUUGAGGGGGAGCUUUGGAGAGGCCCAAGGGAAAACUGGGGAGGCCAUCCCCAUCAGGGAUGUGAGCCAAGGCAUGCUGCUACCUGUACUGCACUAUCUGCAUGGCUGUCGCCUGAACAAGGACGGAGAGACUGCAGAGGAACAGGGGGAUGAGACGGAGAGAGAAGGCAGAGGAGAGUGUCAGAUUUUGGGAUCCUUGGCCUCUGAGGGGCUGGGUGUCUGGAGAGACGGGGCAGAAGAACCCUCACCAGAGGCACAGAGCUUCCAGAAGACCCCCCUAGCUGAGACGAUGAUGGGGGCCUGUAGGUUUUUGGUGACAGAGUUGCAGAGGGAGGUGGAGGAUCUGUGUGUGUCUUUGCUGUCCUGCUCUGCCAAGAAUGCUGGUCGAAUUGCAGAUGUUGGCAAAAAGCCUCCAUCUAACAUGGACCAAUAUGGAUCAGAGGGAGAGUCUGCUGACGAGAGCCUGGCAAACCGCACAUCUGGACUAGAGUUGAGUGGUUCUGAGGCCCAGACAGACUCCUUGGCCCCCACAGUGACAGCAGGCCAGGCUGAGUCACUACAUGGCUCUGGACUCCGACCCUGUCAGCAGACAGAGGGUAGACGGCACUCUGCCCCUGGACCAGGCCAGAAGGGCAAUAGUGCACCAAAGACAACCUCAGGACUGGAGACUUGUGUCAAUCCGCUGAAAUCAAGUUCUGCCUCAAAGUGCUGCAAAAGACGUUCUAAACUGCGGAGUGUUUCAAACACACAGAAGGUUGCGGAUUCUGUACAGGACUCUAAAGUUGGUCCUGGUAGAUGGACCCUCCUACCACAGGUGUAUUGGUUUUCCCAACGGUACAGCUAUCCUGGACUGGGCAGGGCCUGCCUGUCCCUACUGCUGGGCUCUCAGGGCUUCUCCCAGCCCCGCCCUUCUUCCCUGGCUGCAGACUGCCUGCGCAGACUGGCCAGAGAGGCAGACUGUACAGAGACUCUGAAACGUGACCUAGUGAGUCUGGCCACCAUGGCCCUGAGCUGAGAGGGGGAGGGCUAGGAGGAAAGAGGGGUGUUGGGUGGAGAUGGAAGUGAGGAGAGGAGAAACCGGAUCAAAUAGAUUAUUAGGGAUGGUAUGAGAUCAUGUGAUUGUCUCUCCAAUGACACUGAAGUUUACGUUUGUCAUUGUGAGGAGUCUUCACAACAUGAUUAGCCUUCCUUCCUUGUGAAUAUCUGUCUUUGUCUCACAACAAAUAACCUUUUAUAUUCCAAUAUUGGUGUUUACAAAGUAAUUGAAGUUUGAAUGAUUUUCUUCAGAAUAGUACAUUUAUAUUUAAAGGAGUCACGCUGCCAUUUAACGGGAUGGGUUCUCAGACAGUGAAUCAUGAGGAAAAUAAUGAUCUCAUGGUACACUGUAAAUUAAGUUGUAUUAUAAUGAAAACAUUAGCAUAAUGUAAUAUGCUAAAUACUUUUGUUGCAUGUAAUGUUAACUUUUUUUUAUAUUUUCAGUUUGAUUUUGAAAUAUACACAGCUGUCCUGUAAAUGUCCUGUAUUGACUUGGAUGACUAAUAAUCAGGGUGGAACUGGGUGCCAUGUUGUAUAUGCUGUAAAUAAAGUGAACUUUAGGAGUAGCUGCAAGGUGACGAUAACAGAGAUCAGCUUUCACUCGCCUCAUGUGAAUCCACGCUCCUCAAUAAAUCUGUUUAGACGUC